GCGUGCUCCCGGGACACUUCCGCUUCUGCCGGGGAGGAGCCUGCCGCGCUGUCAUGAGUCGCUUCAAGUUCGUGGAUAUUGGUAUCAACCUGACAGAUCCUAUGUUCAGAGGAAUUUAUAGGGGGGUGCAAAAGCAUCAAGAUGACUUACAGGAUGUAAUACAGAGAGCUAUCCAGAUUGGUGUCAAAAAGUUUAUGAUCACAGGUGGAAGUCUACAAGACAGUAAAGAUGCUCUGCAGUUGGCACACACAAAUGACAUGUUUUUCAGUACAGUUGGGUGUCAUCCCACAAGAUGUGAUGAAUUUGAAAAGAAUAGCCCUGAUGGUUACUUAGCAGGAUUGCUGGACCUUGCUAGGAACAACAAGGACAAAGUUGUAGCAAUAGGGGAAUGUGGACUCGAUUUUGAUCGCCUGCAGUUUUGUCCCAAAGAUACUCAGCUCAAAUAUUUCGAAAAACAAUUUGAACUGUCAGAACAGACACAGUUACCAAUGUUUCUUCAUUGUCGAAACUCACAUGCCGACUUUUUGGACAUAAUGAGAAGAAAUAGAGACCGGUGUGUGGGUGGAGUGGUGCAUUCAUUUGAUGGGACGAAGGAAGCAGCGGCUGCUUUGAUUGACUUGGACCUUUACAUAGGAUUUAAUGGUUGCUCACUGAAAACGGAAGCUAACUUGGAAGUUCUGAAGUCAAUACCUAGUGAAAAACUAAUGAUUGAAACAGAUGCGCCUUGGUGUGGAGUUAAAAGUACACAUGCUGGAUCAAAAUACAUAAAAACUUCAUUUCCUACCAAAAAGAAAUGGGAAAACGGGUGCUGUUUAAAAGACAGGAACGAGCCCUGCCACAUAAUCCAAAUAUUGGAGAUAAUGGCAGCAGUAAGAGAAGAAGAUCCACUGGAAUUAGCCAACACGCUAUAUAACAACACCAUUAAAGUAUUUUUUUCCUGACA